CGGUACCAGACUCUAGAGUCGAACAAGUCCUAACUGCGCCACCAACUCCCAUUUCCGAAUUCUCCUUCUCUCUCUUCUUUCGUUUUUGCAGGACUUCGAAGGGAAAGAGAAGGAAAGGGAGUUCAUAUAAAAUCUGGAUCUAAUUCCUGAAUAAAUAGUUAGUGAAGUGCUAGAAUGGAUCAGAUAUUGAACAAGGUAGGAAGCUACUGGUUAGGCAAGAAAGCCAACAAAGAAAUCGAUUCAGUUGGAGAUGACAUCACUUCAUUGUCAAGUACAAUCGAGGGAAGCGCCAAAUGGUUUGUCAAUAAACUCAAAGGGAAAAUGCAGAAGCCAUUACCGGAGCUAUUAAAAGAGUAUGACUUGCCAGUGGGCAUCUUUCCUCGAGAUGCGACCAACUACGAGUUCAAUGAAGAGACAGGUAAGUUAAUCGUAUACAUUCCCGCUAUUUGUGAAGUCGGUUACAAGGAUUUAUCAUGCUUGCGUUUCUCUACUACUGUGACCGGGUAUUUGGAGAAAGGAAAGUUAGCUGACAUUGAGGGAAUAAAAACAAAGGUAAUGAUUUGGGCAAAAGUAACUACCAUCUCAACCGAAGGCACAAAGGUUUAUUUCACGGCAGGUCUAAAAAAGAGCAGGAGUAGAGAUGCAUACGAAGUCCUUAGGGAUGGAUUUACCAUCGACAAGUUCUAACGUGCUGGUUUGAUUUGUUUUGAACUUGUAGAAACUUAUAAAAUAUCAGCAGCUCUAAGAUAAUUGUGAAUUAGAGAACCCUUGUUGCAGUGAUUGUCAUCCAAAGGGUCUGUAAGCAAGUACCUAAAAAAUACCUCUGUAGGAAUUCUUCUUUAUGGGAUGUUUGCUUGUGGCUUUUUAGCUGUAAAUCUUAUUCUUCCUAAUAAAAUCUGUGCAGUUUUUUCUGAAA